AUGCUUUCCGAGGAAAAACGGGGGAGAAGGGGCGACAGAUACAUCGAGAGCCAGCUUCACGACGGGAGAAAGGAAACUGCGGAGGAAGCAAGUGACAGAAAACCCAGAAAAACGGGCAAACGAACAAAGACGAGAUGUGUGCAGUGUCGAACACCGCCGAAAAGGGGAAAACCGACAAAAGGUGGCGGACAGGAAAACAAGAACAUCCGACAAUCAAGAAACCGCACGAGUGUAUUGACACCUGGAAAACAGAAAACAUGUCUUUCAAAACCAUCUGGCAAUCGCCUCUUGAAGAAUCCUAUCCGAGGGACGGUUGAACGCGUAAAGAACACGCGUUUUUUCAUGCUGUGUGUCUCCUCUGCAUGCGUUUUUCUGCGUUCUCUCACAAAUCUCCUUCUCCACUCUAGAGAUAAACUCCUGCAAAUUCUUUCUGCUCUCCUCUCUUUUCUUUCUUCACUCAACGGGGAGGUUACGUUCUCUCAACUCUCACUUUUCUCCGUUCGGCUCCACUGUUCUUGUCCUCGCUGUCUCCCAUGAUCCACUGUCGAGACACCGCGAAAGUCCCGCCCUUGACUUUGUCUGCAUGCGUCCAGAGACCUUGAAGAACAAUCGAUAUCCUCUUUCUCGGCACGUGGAGUCUGUUGGGGAAGUAGAAAGAUAUGCGAUGCAGAUUCUUUCUCCAUGAUGCAUCGCCCCCGCGUUGUUCUCAUCGUGCAUGCAGUCUAACAAUACGUAGGAGAACGGCCUGGAGAGACAAGUCCUUUCGCAGAUUCCCUAACCACCCAAUUUGCAGUACACUGAGUGGUGUAGAAAACGAUUCUCUCCCCUUGUCUGUUUUUCU